AUGGAUCCCAACAAUAACAAGAACACGUCUCCAUCCAAAGCAAUCCCUUUUCAAGUUAACCUUGACUCUGAUCGUCAAAACAGACCCAUCAUUCGUGAACUGGAUUUCUUCUCUCAAAAUAACAACAACAACAACCAUGUCUCUACUUCUACACCUCCCAAUCCUUAUAUACAUGAUCAUUACACCCCUUCUUCUCCCUUUGAGAUGAAAGUAAAUACAAGUUUGAAUCUUCUUACCACAAACAGAAGCAGUGAUGAAUCAGUGGUAGAAGCUGACAUACCAACUAGUUCAGAAGACACAAGAGCUAACCUUGAGGUAGAAAAAAUUAAUUAUAUGUAA